CCUGGAGAAGGCGUGUUGAAAGCACCUCAGCUUGCACACCAGAUUCUCUUUCUUCGGAGUCUCCCGCGCUCGCUUCGUUUCCGCCCCCUUUGCUUCCGCUUGCUCGCUCACUCUCCUACACCAUGAGUAAGGUUCAUGGAUCCUUGGCCCGUGCCGGAAAGGUGCGUGGUCAGACCCCGAAGGUGGCGAAGCAGGAUAAGAAGAAGAAGCCUAAGGGUCGCGCUCACAAGAGGAUGCAAUACAACCGCCGAUUUGUGACAGCAGUGGUCGGGUUUGGCAAAAAGAGGGGUCCCAACUCAUCUGAGAAGUAGAGUGCGGAUGUAAUCUACUCUUCAGUAGCAUGCAAUGGAAGAUGCUGAGGAUCAUGCUAGAUGGCGUUUGUAGCGCGUUGCGGAUGCUGUGCAUCCGCAGUAGUAGGAGGAAGUGGAUUUUAGUGUUUAAAUCUAUGGAAAAUACCCUUUUACUUGAGUCAGUAUUCAUAGUUAUGAAGCUUGACAGUGGUGUUUUUAGUUGGUGAUUUUGAUUGAGACACUCAUGCCUAAUAUUUCUCCUUUUGCUCAA